AUGUCGAAGAACUGGUCUUCCACGCUGAGACUGCCCAAGUCCACUCUUCCGCCGCGCCCUCUGCCCACCCAACACAAAGAAUACAUCAAGAAAUGCGCCGAUGACUUCUACAAGUGGCAGGCCGCCAACCGCCCUGCUGACGAUACCUUCCUCCUCCACGAUGGCCCUCCCUACGCCAACGGCAGCCUUCACGCCGGUCAUGCCCUGAACAAGAUCCUCAAGGACAUCAUCAUCCGUACGAAGGUCCAGCAAGGCCAGCGUGUCACCUACGUUCCAGGAUGGGACUGUCAUGGACUUCCGAUCGAGCUCAAGGCCGUCAGCACCGAAGAAGGCAGGACCAUGACACCCCAUGCCAUCCGCCAGGCCGCGCGCAGUCUGGCUGCCAAGACGGUGUUGGAGCAGAUGGACAGCUUCCGGACAUAUGCCGUCAUGAGUGACUGGGAGAACCGCUGGACAACCAUGGACAUGGCCUUCGAGAUCAACCAGCUGCGUCUCUUCCAGAAAAUGGUCAGUCGCGGCCUGAUCUACCGCAAGUUCAAGCCUGUGUACUGGUCACCGUCCUCCGGAACUGCCCUGGCGGAAGCCGAGUUGGAGUACAACGAGGCGCAUAUCUCCAAAUCUGCAUACGUCAGAUUUCCCAUCACCAAGGAUUCCGCUCGCAUCCCUGGCCUGGAAGGCUUUACCGGCAAUCUUUAUGCCGUUAUCUGGACGACCACUCCCUGGACCCUCCCCGCCAACAGAGCCAUCGCCGUACACGAUGAUCUGCUCUACCAUGCGGUCCGCGUGGGUGAUGACGCCUAUCUUGUUGCUGACGGCGGUCUCGAGCGCGUUGCCAAGGUCUUGAUGGGAGAGGAGGGGACUCCCGAGAUUCUAGCCACUGUUCCCGGUAGCCAGCUCACCCAGCUGCAGUACGUCAAUCCUCUCCAGGGUAAAUCUGCUGCUCCUCAGCCAUUCAUCCACGGUCCCUUCGUCACGCCAGAUUCGGGAAGCGGUCUCGUUCACUGCGCCCCAGGCCACGGUUUCGAUGACUACCUGCUCUGCAAAGACUUGGGAAUUCCUGUUUCUGCACCUGUUGAUAACGAUGGUAUCUUCACCGAGGAAGCCUAUCCCGACGACCCAAGCCGGCUCAAGGGCAUUCCUGUGCUUGAGGGCGGUUCUGCUGCCGUGCUUGAGCUUUUUAAGGACAAUGUUCUGAACGUGCACAAGUACAAGCACAAGUACCCUUACGACUGGCGAACCAAGAAGCCCAUCAUCAUCAGGGCCACGGCGCAGUGGUUUGCUGAUGUGGACAACAUCAAAGAGUUGGCAUUGAAGGCUUUGGAGGAGGUCAAAUUCGUCCCCGAAAGCGGGAGAAGCAGACUCGAAGCCUUCGUCAAGGGACGGAGCGAGUGGUGCAUCUCACGACAGCGUGCAUGGGGUGUACCUAUCCCUGCACUAUACGAUGCCAAUGGCGAUGCAGUAAUGACUGAAAAGACCAUCGAGCACAUUAUCUCGGUCAUUCAGGAGAGAGGCACCGAUGCUUGGUGGUCUGAUGACCCUCAUGACCCUGUCUGGAUUCCUGCAUCUCUUCGGGGCAAGGGCCCCUUCACCCGUGGUAGAGAUACCAUGGACGUCUGGUUUGACAGUGGUAGCAGCUGGACCCAGACGGAUAGGCAAGCGGAUGUCUAUCUCGAAGGCUCUGACCAACAUCGCGGUUGGUUUCAGUCGAGUUUGCUCACUCGAGUAGCAGCUAUGGCGGUUCAAGGCCCGACAGCUGAUGGUACGACCAAUGCGGUUGGCCUGUCACCAUUCAAGACACUCAUCACUCAUGGCUUCACGCUGGAUAAAGCCGGCAAGAAGAUGUCCAAGUCACUAGGCAACAUCAUUUCGGCGGACCAGGUCAUGGAUGGUUCUUUACUUCCUCCGCUGAAGGUCAAGAACAAGGACAGGGAUCCGAAUGCGCCUCCCCCGAAGGAUGCUCUCGGCCCCGACGCCUUGCGCUUGUGGGUAGCGAGUAGCGAUUACACCAGUGACAUUGUCCUCGGCGAGCCUGUGCUGAAGACUAUCCAUCAGUCAUUAACCAAGUAUCGCACCAUCAUCAAGAUGCUGACGGGCUCGAUGGAACAGUCAGCCAGAGCAGCUCCACUGACUGCCUUGGACCACAUUGCUCUUGUCCAGCUGAAGGAUGCUAUGGCGGAGAUUGAGAGACACUACCAAAACUACGAGUUCAACAAGGCUUUCAGCAGUCUCAACAGAUGGAUCGCCAACGAUCUGUCUGCCUUUUACCUCGAAGCCCUGAAGGACAGGUUGUACUGCGCCGAUGGCGGUGGUGUCCUAGAGCCUAUCUUUAUGGGCUUCCUCAGAAUGCUGGCCCCUAUCACACCUGUGCUGGUCGAGGAGGCUUGGGAGCAUCGACCUGCUUGGAUGAAGGAAGACCCAUCCAUUCUUCAUCCUCUUCAUCAGCUUUAUAACUCGCCCUUGAUUGAUUCCAGCCGUCUGAGCUACGAUGAAGCCAUGCUUCGUAAGGACAUUCCGGUCCUAAUGGAGACUCACGCCGCCAUCAAAGCCGCGUCCGAGCUGGCACGCAGGGGCAAGGUUCUUGGCUCGUCCCUUGGUUGCUCUGUUGUUAUCAAGGCUCCCAAGGACAGCAAGGCACUCUCUGUCCUGCAAAAGUACAAGGACGAGCUAGAUGCCAUGUUUGUUGUAUCCUCUGUAGACCUCGGCGGUGCCAUAGAGGGAGAGCCUGCCUGGAAGUACGUCCAGGACUUUGAGAUGGGUGGUCAUGGUUGCCAGGCGUGGGUUCUGCCUCCCAAAGACCAUAAAUGCCCCAGGUGCUGGCGAUUCGUUGCUCCUGCUGAGGACUCCUUGUGCGUCCGGUGCGAGGAUGUUGUUGGCGAGGGUGUACAAUGAAAGAAAUUAAAAGGUUCGACCAAGGACAGAUAAGAUAGACUAGAGUAGACGAGCCCGUACACAAAAUGGAUACCCCUCCCCCCUUCAUGACAUCGGGUCCUGUUCUUCACAUCUCCAGCGUGGGCGGGCAAUGUUCACAUUGUUCAGCCUAGGGGAGCAUUUGCAUCCCAAGCUGCGUUGUAAACGCACAGUGAAAAGG